AUCACUCUCUCCCUUUUAAAACACAGUAGCGUGCUGGACCUGGGGGGAGAGAUGACUGGAACACACACACUCCAGAGCGGUGUGGAGCUGACGGAGCACGGCAGCAAUAAGCCUGUGAACGGCUCUGUUAUAUUGUGGUAGUGUGUGUAUUUAAUAAAAGGAAUCUGAACUGUUAUUGUACUCCGUGUCAUACCUGCUGAGGAGAAACUCACGGUGGCUCAAACCACGCCACAUUGGCGCCUGAACAGGGACUCAGCAGAGAUGUCGGAGCCACAAUCGCCAGUGACCACGCUGGCGCAGAUGCUGGCGGAGGUGGCAGCUAUGAGCCGGGACCAGGCAGCGCUCAACAGACAACAACUGGCCGCUCUCCAGUUCCAGGCGGAGAAACAAGCGGAGCUGCUGGAGGUGAUGGUGAAUCGUGUUGGGGGGGCGUCGUCAGCCCCCUCGCUCGCUGGUGUCACGCUCCAGAGGAUGGCGGCCCAUGAUGACCCCCAGACGUACCUGGAGAUGUUUGAGGCGACGGCGACGGCGUGCAACUGGCCGGAGGAGGAGUGGGCUGUGCGCCUGCUUCCCCUGCUGUCGGGAGAGGCGCAGACGGCGGCCCUCGCCCUACCCGGACCCUCCCGGUGCCGGUUCGGGGACAUCAAGCGGGCAGUCCUGGACCGUUUGGGGUUCUCCGCAGAAGACCAGCGGCGCAGGUUCCGGGGGACCAAGCUGGGUCCCGCGGAUCGACCAUUCGUCUACGCACAGCAGCUGAAGGAUGCGGCGACCAGGUGGCUUCAGCCGGGGAGCUCUGCGGGCGAGGCGCGGCUGCUGGAAGCCGUUGUUUUGGAGCAGUUUGUGGAGGGGCUCCCAACGGCCACCUCGGACUGGGUGCGCUGCCACCGCCCUGCGGAUCUGGCGGCUGCCAUAACUCUGGCGGAGGACCACUUGGCUGUUCUCUCCUGGGGCCGGGCACAUGAGGGUCGGCCAGCCUCUCCCGUCCGUCCCAUACCGGCGCCCCGCAGGAGACCGGUGCCGGGUCCCCAGCCCUCCACGGCCGCUAGACCCUCUCCUCGCCCGCGCACUAAUCCUCCCUCUCUUUUCUAUCCUUCCCAGGCUCCAGCCGCUACGGGCGCUGCUCUCGACCCACAGAGGGUUCCUCAGGCGGCAGGGCAGGAAUGCUGGAGGUGUGGACAACCCGGACACUUCCGCCGAGAGUGUCCACUCAUGGAGGUCGGUCAAGUGGUCCGGGUUGUCGGACCUCCAGCACCCUCCCCCGGUCUAGGAGGGACGUACAGCGUUCCGUAGCGUGCUGGACCUGGGGGGAGAGAUGACUGGAACACACACACUCCAGAGCGGUGUGGAGCUGACGGAGCACGGCAGCAAUAAGCCUGUGAACGGCUCUGUUAUAUUGUGGUAGUGUGUGUAUUUAAUAAAAGGAAUCUGAACUGUUAUUGUACUCCGUGUCAUAC